UCUGACCCGGAGAAGCGCCUGGCCCUUUCCAUGGGAGAAAAGAUUAUUUUAGUCCAUGUAGAGUCGCUUAUUACGAACAGAUAACCUUUAUUUACAUUAGGGGGUAAAUAGCUUAAAAAAUAGCGGGUUAAUUAGUAAAUAGGUAUCAAAGGUUGACCAUAAAAAUGCCAAAUAAUUUUCACAGUGCAGCACCGAGAACGGAAUUAUCGGCUCUCAUGUGAAGUUCUGUUUGUUUUUUUAAGAAGGGAAUAGAGGAGAAAAGAUUUGGUGGAAAAUAUCCAGAUAUAACAAACAGAAGCGUGAACGGAGCCCUGAUAUUUGUGUCAUUUAUUAAGACUUAUCCUGAGCCAUGGGGGCAUUUUUGGACAAGCCGAAAACGGAAAAGCACAAUGUCCAUGGAGCAGGCAACGGCCUGCGCUUUGGUCUCAGCAGCAUGCAGGGCUGGCGGGUAGAAAUGGAGGAUGCUCACACUGCAGUGGUAGGCCUUCCUCACGGCUUGGAUGACUGGUCCUUUUUCGCUGUGUAUGAUGGGCAUGCUGGUUCACGCGUGGCCAACUACUGUUCGAAACAUCUGUUAGAACACAUCAUUAGCAGCAGUGAGGACUUUCGGCCUGGUCCCGACUCUGUAGAGGGAGUGAAGAGCGGCAUUCGUUCAGGCUUCCUUAAGAUUGACGAGUACAUGCGGAACUUCUCAGAGUUGCGCAAUGGCCUAGACCGCAGUGGCUCCACAGCUGUUGGUGUACUCCUCUCACCCGAGCACCUUUACUUCAUCAACUGUGGCGACUCGCGGGCUGUGUUAAGUCGUGCCGGCCAGGUGCGCUUCUCCACUCAGGAUCACAAGCCCUGCAACCCACGCGAGAAGGAGCGUAUUCAGAAUGCCGGCGGAUCUGUCAUGAUCCAGCGUGUAAAUGGCUCUCUAGCGGUGUCACGAGCUCUUGGAGACUACGACUACAAGUGUGUGGAUGGAAAGGGACCCACAGAGCAGUUGGUGUCACCUGAGCCAGAGGUGUUUGAGAUUCCUCGUGCUCCAGAGGAGGAUGAGUUUGUGGUAUUGGCUUGCGAUGGCAUCUGGGACGUCAUGAGCAAUGAGGAGCUAUGCGAUUUUGUGCGUUCCCGUCUUCAAGUGUGCGACGACCUUGAGAAAGUCUGCAAUUCAGUGGUGGACACAUGUCUACACAAGGGCAGCCGUGACAACAUGAGCGUGGUGCUGGUGUGUUUACCAAAUGCGCCCAAGGUAUCAGAGGAGGCAACAAGAAAAGAGGCAGAGCUCGACAAAUAUCUGGAGUCUAGAGUUGAGGAGAUCAUGCUGAAAUCAGGCGAGGAAGGUGUUCCAGAUCUGGGCUUUGUCAUGCGGAACCUGUCUGCUGAGAACAUACCAAACGUACCACCAGGAGGUGGUCUUGCUAGCAAACGCAGUGUAAUCGAUGCUGUUUACAACAGGCUUAAUCCGCACAGAGAAGAAGAUAACGGCGGUGACCUGGACGACCCAUGGUAGCCAGAAACACCCACGACUACAAUCUGCACAUGAGAAUGUCCUCAGUUCACACAAGAAAGUUCUUACACGUUUUGGUUUUGAUUCCAAAAGAUUCAUAGGAAAUGUUUCUGGAAAGAAAACACAGAUGCUUCAUACAAUUAUUGGAAGAUGAGGAAUCAGCAAGAAAUUGCAAGAUUUUUAGGACUGCAGUAUAGAUAAUUUCCCUUUUUUUUUUUUGGUUCUGUGGUUUUCUUCUCCCCUCUCCCCCUUUAAGUUAAUGGUGAUUACAAGACUGAGGACUUCAAGGACUUUUGGGGGAGGACUUUCCUGAUGGAAAGAUGAAAACACCAGCCAGCUGGGAGGUGUUUGGACCUCUCCUGACACUGCAGUGUGCUCUAGCAUGGGGCGCAUUGCCUGCACCACCUCACCUGGGUCAUACCAAGCUGUCCUCUUCACUAUCCGCAUGUGUAACUUUUCAGAGACAUGAACAGUAGGCAUUACUCAGUGUUCACAUUAUUCAGCUCGUCCUGCCACCAAAUGCCAGCUACUCUAAUUCUGCAUCGACAUCCUCUUAAUUUUUCAUCCUGCGGUUUAAGUUUCGUUGUAUCCUCUUGCAUUUAGUUAUUUUGCUUUGUCAGAUGCCAGUUUUUGGUGCUUGCUGUAUAAAAUAGUAGUAGCACACGUUAGAACAAGAGACAACUUGAGGUAAAACAGAACUACUGUAUGUAGGGGGUGUAAAUACGCGGGGGUUUGAUUUUAAGGCUGCGACUGCCUUGUGCACCUUUCAGUUUUGGAGGCAGUCACGAUAAAGCAGAGCUUUCCAGUCCAGUUCUGAGGGACGCUUGUCCAAAUUGACAUUUCCUUCUUUUUCCACAUUUGUGUGAUUCUCGUAUAUCCGAAGAUUGAGAAAAAUCGGGCUGUAGAAGAACUGGAUUCAGAACCUCUACUUUUAUCUUCAGGUCUUUUAUCAAAUUUUCCUUUUUCUUCUCCCACAUUUUUUCUUUACGCUUGCGCUCCUCAUUGUGGCUUCUCCAUCUGUAGAUUUUUCUCUAAACAAAUUUCUACACUAAUGUUUUAACUUGCAUUUUAAAUUUUUCUUGUGGUAAAGCUUUUUUUCUUGAAGCUUUUAAAAUCACAUUUAUAUGGUAUAGAUGUUGUUCACAGUUUGAUUUGAUUACAGGAAUAAAGCAUGAAUUUAAAGAAAAUAAUUUAAAAGGCUAGGUAUUUUUAAAGCAAAACUGCAUGUACAUAUGUUUCUGAGAGCAUAUUUAGGGAGCACACACUAAUCUCCCUUGGUGCCGGAGGUACUGGUAUUUUUUCCCCCCCUCUCUCUCCCUCUCGAUUUUUGUCUUGUGUCCUUUCAACCCUCAUCCUUAUUUCAUAAUUGGCAUAACAGUUAUUUACAAUCAUAUUUGUUUUUCAGGUUGAACUGUGCCUGUUCAGAGCGAUUGCAUUAAAUUCUGCCUGCAGGGCACUUGUGUGAAUGAAUGAAUGUACCCCUUGUUUACACCCAAAAGUAAAUGCACACAUUUAUGUGCAUGCUUUUUCCUUCUCAAAAUGUAUUAAUAAACACGUCUUAUUGAUUUAAAUUAAUUUAUCAACAUUCACCACAUUGUGGGUUAAGUGUUCUGAAACUACGCAGAUACACAAGUGGAGGCCUUUUGAAAAAUGUUUUCUUUUCUCUGUCUUUAUUAUUCAUGGACCUCACCUGAUCUGGUGUGUAGCUUUAAAAUGUAUCAUUCAAAUUGCGAAUGUCUAUGUAUAUAUAUAUUUUUGCAGUUAUAAUUAUUCACUGGUACAAACAUUGUAGCCAUAUGCUGGAAAGGAAGUAAAUUUAAUAAAUACAUUGAAUUAUUAUGAUAUAUUAUAUAAAUGGUGCCUGGGGACACGCACUAGAUUUUUGCAUAUCUACAAUUACUGAUGACUAGAUUGAUUGAUUAAUUGUGACAGAUUUUAUUUAUUCAUUCAGGUUUGGCUUUGUGGGAUGUGUUUUGUCAGAUCGAGCGGAGUUGAUGGGAGUUGGGGAACGGAGAUUGUAAUCAAAUUUUUGAGAUUGUAAAAGAGUCUCUCGCACUCUUUUGAACUCACUCUGCCUCUCUGACCCGCUCUGCUAACAUCCAUGUAAUUUUAGUCCCCAGUAUGAUGUGUUUUAGUAGGAUUCAAUGAACAUGAUCUGUUAUCAAUAAAGAAUUGCUUAAGGAUACUGCUAAUACUGA